UUCAUGGCUAGAUAAUAAUACGAGAUCGACUGUUAUUUGCACAAAAUCCCUUGAGAACUUUUCAGGGUUUGCUAUGCGUUCCAGGGAGGUGUUUAUUUUUCUAUUGUACGCGUUUGGCUCCUGCCUAUGUUAUCUCAAUAAGAACGUGGCUGGACCUUACGAUGUCAUCGUUCGUUACCUUGAAAGCUGCCUUACGAACCCCGGACCUGAAACUCUUAACGCAGAUAUAAAACUCAGGAAAAUCAACAGGACCUUACUAGGACUGGAUGGAUCUGUGUACGUCGGGAUCCCUUUUGACGAUAACCUCACAGCUACGGUGCGUUUGGAUCAAUUUACAAACGGUGGCUGGAAGGAAAAUUACUUCAAACAAGAUUUCAAAAAGGCAUGUACCAAUUUAAAGAAAUUCGCUAACGAACCACUAAAAAAUAUUUUGAAGGCUUCCAAUUCCGAUCGAAAAUCUUGCCCAAUACCGAUAGGAAAUUACACGGUGAAAAAUUUAAUCCUAUCGAUUGAAGUGCCUGAAAUUCCUAUCUUUUUCUACAAUAAAUACAAAUAUUACUGCUCCCUUAAGAUGAAAGGAAACACAGUUGCCUGCUUCGUAUCAGAAGUUGAUAUAGUUCCGAAGAAAACCAAAAACAGAGGAUAAUGUCUAGUGAUUUACACAAUUGGAUUUAAUAAACGAUUUGGAGAUUUCAGGUU